UCUCUCUCUUUCCAUAGUCUCAAAUGCACCCUCCCUUAAUUAAAACUCCACCUAGUACUCUCUCCUCCUCUCUCUCUUUCUUUCUCAAUCCACCUCACCUCAUGAAGUCGUUGACUUUACAAAACUUGGAUUCCCCAAAUAACCAAUUCUUUUGUCAUUGUGUCAAUGGCUGACCAAACCAAUAAACCACUUUUUGCAUCAUAUGCAUUGCCUUCCUUCUCAAUCCCUCCUCCUCCUCCUCCUCCUGUUUCUCUUGCUCGAUAAUCAUGAACAGCACGAGUGACACGAGUGGUUUUCUCGGCUCUAACAACAUCGGCGGAUUUGGCUAUGGCAUUGGUGUAUCAGUUGGCAUCCUUCUUCUCAUCACAACCAUCACCCUUGCUUCCUACUUCUGCACCAGAACUCCGCCACCAACGCACCCUGCAACGCCGAGGAUUAACGCCCACGACCCUCCUGACCUGCAAAGCUUUGUUGUAGAUAUAGGACUCGAUGACAACACUAUCAAGAGCUACCCGAAGAUGCUCUACUCCGAGGCCAAGCUGCAGAAGACAGGCUCCACUGCUUCCUGCUGCUCUAUAUGUCUAGCAGAUUACAAGGCCAGUGACACACUCCGGUUACUUCCAGACUGUGAACACCUCUUUCAUCUCAAGUGUGUUGAUCCAUGGUUGCGGCUUCAUCCUACCUGUCCGGUCUGCAGAACAUCUCCGCUUCCAACGCCUCUGUCGACUCCUCUGGCUGAGGUGGUGCCAUUGGCAAGCAGAAGAGACUGAUUGAAGAAAGUGAAGGGGGAGCAUGGAUUUGACUUUGGUGUCUUUUUUGCAUCAUUUGUACACAGAAAUAGAGAGCUCCCAACUAUUGAUGGAACUCUUUCAUAGUGAAAUUUCUUAUUCUUUUCUUUUA